UUGGCAGAUUGCUUAUGGCGAUAUGUCAAAUUCCAAACUAAACUUGUCUGGGACAAUUUCGUGUUGGUUCUACUAAAAUAACAUCUUUUUCUUUAUAUUUAUACAGUAUUCUUUAUAUUAAAUGUAGUUCUUGUUUAAAAUUCAUAUGUGAUUUGUGUCAAGUGCCAAAUUGAUGUUUCGACAUUACUGGUAUUAUGAAUCAGGCUGAUCAAAAUAUAAACAAAGAUAUGUUCGAUUCUGAUCUGAUCGACGUGGAAUCUUUGGAUUUUUCCGAUAACCAGACAUGGUUGUACACAGUCCCCAAUGACUCUGGCAAUAAGGUGGACAUUGUGGAUUGGAACCUGUCCUGCGACUGGCCCGUCAACGAAGACAAUGAUUACCAGCGGAUGGAAAAGGAACUCAACACACUCCUCGAUGAUAUACUUAAAAAUGAAGUCCUCUCAAUGCCAGAUAAGCACAAAUUCGACUCCCGCACAUACGUCAAGCCGAAGAAACGCGUCCAGCGGCCCUCUAUACAGAGCAUCGUCGAGGUUUCUUCCAACAACGCAUCGCCGAACAACUCGCUGCAUCAGUCCGCCAACAAAUACCUGACGUACAACAAAUACAGCAUGCCUUUGGGGCCCAUCAGUCCCAUGCUGAGGCUGAAGACGUUCAAUGUGGAUACGAAUACAGAGAACAGUACGGCGGUCAAAGAGUACGCGAUGAAGAGACGGAGUUUAGUACAAGAUGACGAUCCGCAGUUGGAAGACUUAGACGUGACGCUGGCGUCCGAGGUUUCGGACCGGCUGUCGUCGGAGCACCUGCCGUCCAAACCGAUCAACAUAGACCUGUCACAACCGGCGCACAACCUGCACAACACAUUCAACAAAGGUCUAACAAACAUGAUGAACGAGCGCGGCAGUCUGAACAUGUACCAAAGCGGCGAGUCGCUGAUGAGGAUGUCUCCGCCGAGCCUGGUGUCCUCUCUGCUCAUGGAGAGCUCCGGCACCUUCAACCCCGAGUCUCUGGACAGCAGGAAGUCUAUCACCUCGCACAGGGACUCUGGUAAGUCUCACCUCGCACAGGGACUCUAG